CGGCAGUGCCGAUAGCCACUACCUGCACGGCUAUCGGAAGUUAACAUGCUGUCUUAUUUUACAUCAAUCAUAUUCCUUUUUCCUUAAUUGUUAUUGAUUAUUAACUGCAUGCACAACAUGCUUUUAUCGAUAUGUACAAAGAUCUUCCGCCAGACUUUUUGCAAAAGUGGUCUUUGUCAAGUUUUCAUCUGCUCUUCAUCAAAGAAUGGCUACAUAUCUAGCAUUGCAAAUACACCAAGUCUGGAUGAACAAGACCAAGAGGUUAAUCAUAUAUCCAGCCUCUCUACUACACAGAGUCUGGGGGAGCAAGACCAGGAUGGUAAUCAAAGGCUCCUGACUCCAUCUCAUAUAGGCAGCCAAGAACCUAUAAAGAAACUGAUCAUCGAACCGAACACUGACCAAAUCGCAACUGUUCUUGGUUGGAUGAAUGAUGCUAGUGAAAAGGAUUUUCAGAAUUUAAAGAAUGUUUCCAAUAAACUUGCAGGACAUAUUAUUGACCUUCGAACUUCACAAGGGUCUUUGAAUUCAUUGAAUGACUUGCUGGAGAUACCAGGAAUUGGUGAAAAGACUCUGAGUCGAAUCUGCGAGAAUAUUUUAAAUCCUAAACUUUCGGGAAACAAAACCAGCACUUCACAGUUUUCAGGUAUUUCAACAGAGACACUGCAGAAUGUUGACAGCAUUGUGUCACUCUCAAUUGGCCUAAAACAAAUCGGCUGGGUUCACUUAAAUAGAGGUCUUCAACUGAAUGACUGGAAAGUUCACGAACUCUCAGAGGAUGUGACACCCACCAAAUGGGACCCUUUCACUUACUUUGUUUUGGCCAAUGACAUCAUCAGUCAGCUUCCAGACACUGAACUUUAUCUAUUGGAGCAUAAACGAUAUGUACAGCUAAACAACAACAAAUCCGUCGCACAAGUGUACAUUUUCUUACGUGCUAUUGAGAGUCUAUUCUAUGCUACAUUAAACACAAGGUGCAGUAAAAUACAAGCUGUAUCGAUGUCAGAGUCCAUUACGUGUAGGCAUUUUGAUUUGACGAUCGGUAAUCGCCGAAAAAGCGGGCAAAAACUUGUGGAGGCAUUUCUUAAUGAUGAUUCGGACAUUAUAGGAAAGCAAGGCGAUAGUAUGUUGCAGAUUUCACCGCUGUUGGCUGGCGUGUACCAAAGUGCAAAUAAAUACCAACGAGAGGUUUUGGCAAAUGCACUUUUACAAUGCCUUGCAUUUUAUGAUAAAAAAGUUUCAGGAACUUGUACUUCAAAUAUGGAAUCACAAUGAAAAAAAAAUUGUAGCAGUUAGAUUGAAAUGAAAUAAUAAUAAUAAUAAUAAUGACUUUCCUUAAAAAUAUUUUGGAAAUAAAAUUUGUGGUCUUCCUGGACUCAAUUUGAACUUCUUUUUUUUUAGUUGAUUGAUUUACCUAUUGAUGAUUGGUCAAUUUCUUAAAUUAAUCUAAUUAUUGAUUGGUCAAUUUACUGAUUAUGGUUUGGUUUGGACUCAAUUUGAAUUUUAUUUUUUUUAAAUGAUUGAUUUAUCUAUUGAUUGGUCAAUUUCUUAAAUUAGUUAAUUGAUUUAAUUAUUGAUUGGUCAAUUAACUGAUUAGUGGUUUGGUUUGGCUUAAUGGUUCACUGACAUAAUGAUAUGUUGUUUGAUUAAUUAAUGGUUUAAUCAAUGAUUUCUUGAUUGAUUGAUUGGUAGAUGACUUAUUGAUAUGUUGAUCAAUUACAGUAGAUAAUUUGGUUCAAGGAGAGCAGCACAUUGGCUCCGAGCCGAUUCUAAAUCCUUGUUUUGGUAACACACGGACAUGUUGCAAAUUGGUGUGCAGGAUAUGAAAUUGCAUUAUGCAACGAGGCAACAUCUGUAUGAGAAAAUCAUACAUAAAUUUACAAACUAUUUUAGCAGUUAAUAUCAAAGUUCUCUGACCCCCUUGUUGUCAAAUUAAGUGUAAAUAAUUACACGCUGAGGAGAAAUUAGUCUUCUGAGCACCAAACAGUCGUCAGGUUGGAGAUUUACCACGCACGUGGCUAAAACUCAAGGACAGACAUUGCAGGCAAGACCUUCGCAAACUUGAUAUUUUGAUCGCGAGUUAUGUUCUGCUUUGCAUUUUCGACCUACAUGUUUGUAGCUAUGCUGCAAUCAAUUUGAUUCAAUUUCCUCUUGAUCUUCCUGUGUGUGCAAAAUGAAAACAAACAUUAGAAUGUAUUAAGUGUGGGUGUUUCAAGAUCUGCCCACUAGAUUUGUCUUUGAAUUUGUUCCAACAUUUAAAUGGAAUACGGUUUCCUUUUCCCAGCUAAUUUUCUUUGGAGUUUCAGGGUUUACCAAGUUGGUGAGGGUUUCCUCUUUGGAAGGGCAUGGGAGUGAUUUGGAAUUGCCAAGUGGCCAUUAAAGAUUCAAGAGGAAGUUUCUUUAAAAGAGACGGUGCUUUGCUUUAAGAGCACACUAUUUGAUUUUUAGCAAAGAGUGUAUAGAUAUAAACAAAUUUUAUGACUGAAGAAAAAUAAAAGCCACCAGAUUUUCAAGUGGUAUUUUGAUAGAAUCUCAA